AUGCUCCCUGUUGGUAUUAGUGUUAGCGUUGGUCUGUCCGGCUCAUGGGCCAUGGGUGAGCAAUGGAAAUGGAACAGCAACAACAAGGCUGGUAGGGCGUGGGUCCUUCUGAGACUCUUCUUCGUCUUCUUCUUCAGUCUGGGGUGGCUUAUCCCUGCUUCUCGAGCGUUUCUUGCUUCCAGAUUAUCUCCUUCGGCCAACCCAAUUCUUCUUCAACACAUUCAAUGGCAUGCUCUCGUCUGGCCUGACCUGGCCUGA